AUUGGCAGCCCCCAGCCUCAGCCCUCCCGCCCCACCCCACCCCCGACGAAGUCCGGCCCCCGCCUGCUACCCGGGCGUCGCUGCCGCUUCCCCCUUGCCGCCCCGGGGCAGUCCCGCGCGGGGCCGGAAUCCGGCCGCUCACUCCUCCCAGGCGCCGCGAAUCAACCCGGCGCCCGCAGUCGGCGCAGUCCUGUCCGGGGCCGGAGCAUGAAGGUCGAGUUUGCGCCGCUCAACAUCCCGCUGGCGCGGCGGCUGCAGACCGCCGCGGUGCUGCAGUGGGUCCUGUCCUUCCUGCUGCUCGCACAAGUGUGCAUUGCAGUCAUCGUGAUACUGAUCGUAUACAACUAUUGGUUCCUCUAUGUCCCUUAUAUGACAUGGCUUUACUUUGACUGGAAUACCCCAGAGCAAGGGGGAAGGAGAUCCAAUUGGGUCAGAAGCUGGACCGUUUGGAGAUAUUUUAAGGACUAUUUUCCGAUUCACCUUAUCAAAACCUUCGAUUUGGAUCCAAGUCACAACUAUAUAUUUGGGUUUCACCCCCACGGAGUGCUUGUUGCUGGAGCCUUUGGAAAUUUUUGUACAAAUUAUUCAGACUUCGAGGAGCUGUUUCCUGGCUUCACUGCGUAUCUUCAUGUGCUCCCAUUUUGGUUCCGCUGUCCACUCUUUCGAGACUAUCUGAUGACCAGUGGGUCAGUCUCAGUUUCUAAGAAAAGUGUGUCCCAUGUGCUGAGCAAGGAGGGAGGUGGAAACAUUUCAGUCAUUGUUCUUGGGGGUGCAGAAGAAUCACUGGAUGCCCAUCCUGGAAAAUUCACUCUGUUCAUCCGCCAGCGGAAAGGAUUUGUUAAAAUUGCUUUGACCCAUGGCGCCUCCUUGGUCCCGGUGUUUUCUUUUGGAGAAAAUGAGCUAUUUAAACAAGUUAACAACCCUGAAGGCUCCUGGCUUCGAACUGUGCAGGAGAAACUGCAGAAGAUCAUGGGGUUUGCUUUGCCGCUGUUCCAUGCCAGAGGAAUUUUUCAAUACAAUUUUGGCCUGAUGCCCUAUAGGAAACCUAUCCACACUGUUGUUGGCCGUCCAAUCCCUGUGCCUCAGACCCUGCACCCAAGCCCAGAGCAGAUUGAGGAGUUGCAUCAGACCUAUAUGGAAGAGCUGAGGAAGCUAUUUGAGGCCCACAAAAGGAAAUAUGGCAUCUCGGAGCACGAAACUCUCAUUUUUAGAUAACUACUCUUAGAAGGCAUACAGAGGAGGAGAGAAUAUCCGAUUGGAGGAUACAUCAUUUUAAAUAAGGAUUUUUUUUUUCUUUCACUCUGGAAUCAAGAUUACAACUGAAAAGUAUUAUUUAUGGUGACAAAUGUUAAUGUCUAUCCGUGGGAGAUAAAAAUACAGUGGGUGACUGUAGGAGAAGGAGGCAGAGGACCAUAACCCUUUGGGUGAUCCUCAUUAGGGAACGUGCAAGCAUUUCCCGGGUUAAGAAAAGGUUUAGGAUUAUUCGUGUGCUUAAAAAAAAAUUAAAAAAAUUAGACCCUUUUACCAAAAUCACAAGAAUUUAAGGUGGUGUUUUCAUGAAGUAUCACAGCUCUUGUUUAGCACAGCUGAAACACUUAGGAGACAGUGUGUCAAGUAAUUUUCCAUACCUAGCUAGAGGAGAUCAUUUCUUUCUUUUUUUUUUUUUUUUCCCCUGCUUGAACGGAGAAUUUUUUGGGUGAAUAACAUUACUUUUCAGAGUUAGAUAACUUGAUCCUUUAGGUCCUCUCACCCAACACAUUUUUAUACAAUACUGCAGAAUUUCUGUGCAGGUUUUGAAACAGGAUGAAUCUACCAUCUGGAAACCCAUGUGGAUGAGAGCACGUCUCCUCAUUUCUCUUCAUGCUUAGAAAUGCUCAUGCUUGUCAUUUGCUCAGAAAUUCUGAGCAAAUGUUCAUUUGCUAUAUGUUCAUUUGCUAUAUAGACAAGAAGGUCUUUUGGGAGACAUGCUUUAGAACAUUAAAAUUCCAAAAGGUUUUCAUGAUAUUAGAAAUGGUUUUAAUUUCCUUCCCAAAUGGCCUCUUUGAGUAAGGCCAGCUAUGAAAUAAAGUGUCCUCUCUGGUUGUAAUGUGUCCAGUUAGAGUUGUCUGGUCCACGGGAGUGGGAACCCUGUUCCUCCUGUUCACUGACCUCUCCCUAGUGCCUGGGUCCCGCACAAGAUAAGUGCUUGUUUACUAAAUGUAUUUAUAGAUGAACCCACAAACAUUUUUGCCUUAAGAUGAAGAAUUUUUAAAGCUUUAUUUACAAUAGGACGAACGUAUUAUAGACAAGAGCCUCUUUCAGAAGGGGAGAAUGUGCUGGAUCUGUUUGUCUCAGAAUGGUGAUUGACAAGUCAGUCAGUCAGUCUUGUCAGUUGCCUUAAGGAAGAAGAAUGUCUAGUUUCCAAAUGACCUCCACUGCUGCUUGUUGCUUCUCUCGCUGCUGCACUCUAAGUAUUUGAGGACACCUUCACUGAGUUCUAACUUAAUAGAUCUUCAGGCCUCUGAUUGUUAAAACGUCAAGCCCUGGGCUAGAGCCUAAACUGUGUUCAGCAUCAGACAGACAAAAUCAUGCUGGGUAAUGUCUUGAGGAGGAAAGCAUUUCACAGAGGAAAAAGUGAACCUCCCCCAUGGUUCCAUUUGAGGUGAUUUUGGCCAGCAUCACUCGGGCUUCACGCUCGUUGAGCAAUCCUGGAGUCCACUGACCCGUGGCCUUCAAAUUAGACCAAUUUUAUAAUCAAAGCAGAGAAGAGGACACAACCUGUUUUCAACAGAUGCAGAAAAUUGGAUUGUAAAUCCUUUUUUGGUAUUAUUCAAUACUAGCAAGGCAUAAAGGAGCACCAUUUAUGGAAAAUGACACACCCUAGCUGGUUAGGGGUCAGUCUUCGCAAGGCCAAUUAACCACCACAACUAAAGACUUUCAAGUUAUUUAAAAACCUGUGGGGACUCCUGGGUGGUUCAGUUGGUUAAGCCACUGCCUUCAGCUUGGGUCAUGAUCCCAGGGUCCUGGGAUUGAGUCCUGCAUCGGGCUCCUUGCUCGGCAGGGAGCCUGUUUCUCUCUCCGCCUCUGCCUGCCACUCUGCCUGCUUGUGUGCUUUCUCUCUAACGAACAAAUAAAUAAAUAAAAUCUUAAAAUAAUAAUAAUAAUAAUAAACCCAUGAAUUUGGGCCAGGUAAAUUAAAAAAAAAUUUUUUUUUUAAAAGCAUGAAUUUCUUUCCUUUAGAGAAGUUUGUUAAGUGCUUAUGACCCAUAGUGGCGAUUUCAUGUGCUUUCUUUCAUGAAGGUAUGAUGUUUAAUCUCCUACUUGGUGGUGGAGGCCAAGCUGACCGCCACCCCCAGCAUUAGCUGGAUUAUCGAGGAAGCAGUUAAAGCCCACAUGUAGUGAAACAGAGACACUAAAAAUGAGAAAAGUUUUGCUCUGAUGAAUUUACCUCGAAUUUUGCCAUUUCUAAAACCCAGACAUCAGCAACUUUAAUUUUGGCAUCUGUAAAAAUCUUAUUUUUAGGUACAAAUUAGGGAUUUUUAUCUCUUUUUCUUUCUUUGGGUCUCCAGAGGUCUUAAUCCAGCCAGAAGUCCUUUCAUAAAGUCAAAGCAUAGUAGGAAGUUCCUUUAUAGUCCUAGAGAUUACAGAUGAAGAUUUGGACAUGAAUUUUUGCUAUAGCACAAGUGUGGGUCAUACAUGGUAUGCGC